AUGGCCGCAGCCAACAUGAGGGCGUCUAUUCCCACCCAUUUUCGCACCUUUACGGCAUAUGAAAAUGUUUCCGCGAACUGCAAGAUUUGGGAAGCCGUCCGGGCCACCAGCGCUCAUCCGAUUUUCUUCAAGCGAAUCAAGAUUCAAGACAUCGGGCUUCAGGUCAAUUACAUUGGUGGUGAGAUAGGAUGCAACAAUCCAACCUGGCGCGUCUUAACCGAGGCCAACCGUAUUUUCCGGGGGGCACAUCUCGCGUGCCUCGUCAGCAUCGGAACUGGUCAAGGAGGUGCAAUCAAGGUACCAGAACCUGGACUGAAAGAGAACAUGAUACCACUCGGAACAUUAGAUACGCUGAAACAGAUUGCAACCGACUGUGAGACAAUGCAAGAAAAGAUGGCAGCGAAAUUCGAACGAUUCAAACGUCCAGUCCCGGACCCAGGUGUAUACUUCAGGUUCAACCUUGACCAGGUUCCGGAAGACAGUCAACAAUGGGGGGUAGUAGACAACCUCCGAAUGCACCAAACAAUACAUGGAGAUGUCGGAAAAUUCACAGCUCGCGGAAGGGACAGCUGCAGCUAUAAGAAGGCGGGAACCAAGAGUGUUAUUGAGCGAGGCUGCUCGGUGAUCAACACACCCUUGCUUUACUCGUCGUCAACUUUAUUGGGAACUUUAUGUACUCGCUAG